GUGGAAUGGGGUGAUGAUGUUAAAGCAAUAUCAGAAGAUGAAGCCAUGGUGCUGGUGAACCAUCAAGCAACAGGUGACGUCUGCACUCUGAUGAUGUGCCUUCAGGAUAAAGGCACGGUUGUCCGUCAGAUGAUGUGGCUGAUGGAUCAUAUUUUUAAGUAUACAAACUUUGGCAUUGUGUCUCUAAUCCAUGGUGACUUCUUUAUAAGACAGGGAAGAGCACACCGUGACCAGCAGCUUGUGUUACUCAAGGAGCAUCUAGAAAAAUAUUACAGGAGCCGUAAUCGGAAAUGGAUUGUUUUAUUUCCAGAGGGUGGCUUCCUUAGGAAAAGAAGAGAAACAAGCCAGGCAUUUGCCAAGAAAAACAAUUUGCCAUUUCUUAAACAUGUCACCCUGCCGAGACUUGGGGCCACACAAGUAAUUCUGAAAACGCUUGUAGCACCGCAAGAAAAUGGAACUCCAGCAGGUAGCGACACUGUGAUAAAAGAGAGCAAAUCAAAAGGCCUCCAGUGGGUGAUAGAUACAACCAUUGCCUAUCCCAAAGGUGAACCCAUAGACAUCCAAACUUGGAUUCUUGGCUACCGGCAACCAACGGUUACACAUGUACAUUACAGGAUUUUUCCAGUUAAAGAUGUACCUGCAGAGCCUGAAGCUCUUACACACUGGCUAUACCAACGAUUCAUUGAAAAGGAGGAUCUCUUGACACAUUUCUAUGAAACAGGAGCUUUUCCUCCACUGCAGGGCCAAACAAAAGCUGUUUCUCGGGAGAUGACGCUCAGUAACCUGUGGCUAGUCGGCAUACAAUCACUUGCGUUUUUGUCAGGCGGUAUGUGGUACUGCAUCUUUCAGUAUUUUUAUCAUUGCCUAUUUUAAAAGUGGAAUGGGACCUGAGGACACAGUGGGAAUCCAGGCUCUUGCAAAUGAAUAUCAUGUUGUAUGUGCAAAUGUGAAUAUUCAAGAGUAAAGGAAAAUACUGGACAGACUCUUACCUCUCUUUGGGGAAAUUUUAAACUCCACUAAAAGUGAAGAUCAGUAACAUAGUGACCUGAUGAUGUAUUAUUUUAAGAAUUGUCUGUAUUUUUAAAGAUGUAUACUCUCACCCACACUUAAGCAAAUUCAGCAUUUGGACAAAAGGUGCAAUCGUACAACCACCGUGGAAGAAUGUCUGUGACGAGAAAGCUCUGUCACCACAAGCAUUUCUUGGCAUUGUAGUUAGAGCUCAGAAAAUUCAGCAACUUGUCUCUUCAGUAGUCUGUACAGCGUUGGUGUGGUAGAGAUUCCUCAUUUGCACAAACUUGUACUUUAUUGCAACUCAUUGUGCUGGAGUCAAAGAUACUUGACAGAGCUGGUGGUGGUGUCUUUGCAGCUACACAGUCAGCAGUUGUUGUAUUAGACACAUUGACCUAAAACCGAGACCCAAAUAAGGUCCAGCGUCAGGUGUGUUUUGUGAGGAAUCAGUCCUCAAAAAAGCAUCGCAGUAUGAUUAAAAGCUGUCUGCGUUUGAUGAAUCAGCCCAUCCCUGCUGUGGUCUUACCAUCAGCUCUCCAAAUUCUGUGUGCUACCAGUAUCUCAUAUUAUGAGGAAACUUGGAAAAUACAAAGUCACUUGGUUUAUUUUCCCUUUUUGUUCAGAAUGCAUCUUAACGAUCAUUAUCAGUUUUCAAAAUGCACUUUUAAAGGUGAAAAUACAGUGAAGGAAAGACAUAAAACUUGGGGAAUAGGGGAAAGCUUUAUUUAUCACACAGUGCAAGCCAGAGCAAUUCUAGCAGUUUCUGAAGGUCUGCUGGUGCUGCUGGUGAUUUUUAGCCACAUUUGUAUUUUGUAUACUGCAGUCCAACCAAGGUGACCUUUAAGUGGUUUAUAGAGGCCUUUUUCUCCCCGCUAGUUGCAACAGCGCUAAAUAUACUCGUGGGAGAGUUUAAAUAAUUCAAUGCCAACCAUCUUAAUGUUUUGCUAAGGAGUAAUAGAAGAAAAACUAGUUUCUUAAAAA